AUGCCUGACCCAAUGCCCGAACAUAUGCCUGACCCAACGCCUGAAACUAUGCCUGACCCAAUGCCUGAACCUAUGCCUGACCCAACGACUGAAACUAUGCCUGACCCAAUGCCCGAACAUAUGCCUGACCCAAUGCCUGAAACUAUGCCUGACCCAAUGCCUGAACCUAUGCCUGACCCAACGACUGAAACUAUGCCUGACCCAAUGCCUGAAACUAUGCCUGACCCAAUGCCUGAACCUAUGCCUGACCCAAUGCCUGAAACUAUGCCUGACCCAAUGCCUGAACCUAUGCCUGACCCAACGACUGAAACUAUGCCUGACCCAAUGCCUGAAACUAUGCCUGACCCAAUGCCUGAACCUUUGCCUGACCCACGCCUGAAACUAUGCCUUACCCAUGCCUGA